GCCGUAGAGCCAGACAGAACGAUCUCUUUAGUAGAGAAGGAUACUUUUUUAUUUGGUAUGUCAUCUACGAAGCCGCUGCCACCAUCGCCGCCGCCGUCUACUCAUCGAGCCUAUUAUAACACGCGCAAUUCCAAGAAACGAUUGCUUUCUUCUACUGCGAGUUCCGGUUUCUUCAUGGACCCUGAAGUAAUCGAGAUCCCUCCUCCGGUUCCUUACUCUUUUAAGUCUAAUAAGAAAAAGCAGGUUGUUAUUCAUGAAGUAAUUGAUGUAGAUAAUGAUGGAGAUUCAAGUGAUAUAGUGAUCCUCGAUGAGAGGGUUGAUGUAAGGAACAAAGGGAAGGCAGUGAAAGGUAGCUCUGGUAUCUAUAAUGCUAUUCAAGCUGAGGACUUUGUGGCCAAAUCUCCUGCUUCAUUAAACAAGAUUGAGCCUUCUAAACAUUCUACCCAAGGAUCACAUAAUAUAUAUAACCUUGAUUGUGAUUUGACCUAUGAUGAUGAUUUCUUUGAUAACUAUUACGGGAAUGACUUCAUGGAUGUUGAUGAGUAUGCCAUGUUGCAAGCACAUUUUGAUAAUGUUGAUAUUCCUGCUGGAGUAGAGGCAUCCAUCCCUUGGUUUGCUGACUUUUCUGAGAGGAAAAAGGAUACUUCUCAUGUAAACACUCAAUCAAGUGUUAAUACUUCUCACUCAAAGACUCAAUUGAGUGCUAAUGGGAAUGACCAGUCACUUUCAUCAUGGUUGUCAGAGCCUGCUCAUAUGAAGAAGGCAGCUUUAGUUAGUAGUUCGAGUUUCCAUAACCCAGCAGAUCCUGUGAGUCAUUCUCCUGGAGAAGUAAUUGUUCCUUCUACUUUGUUAUUUCCACAAGGUUCUCAAAGUAAGAAGUCAGCUACUUCACAACUUAAAUUGAGCAGUCAAAGUCUUCCAUUUUGGAAUUCAUUCCAGCCUUACCAGGUUGGUGGUUCAAAUAAUGGUAGUAAUGGGAGUCACUCUGAUUCAAUGAUGCUCCCUCAUGCAGUAAAUCCAACUUAUUUGGGUCACUUUAGUUCUGCUGCAAAUAAGCAAAUUGGUGCUGGUAGUUUGAAUUCAAAUUUUCCUACACCUAUAGAUCUAAAUCACACCGUGGUUGCAGAACCGUCCAUGCCUUGGUGGCCACCCCCGAUGAAACCAAAAUAUAAUUUCAAUAAGCACAAUAACUAUGCAAGUUUUCCUGAUCCAGUUGAUGGUGUUUACAUUACUCCUCAAGAAGUGGCAGAUAUCAGAAACCAGAAAAAUGUAAACGAAGAAGAUAUCCUCAGUAAGUUCCAACUUUUUAAACAGUUUGAUACUGUUGAAGAUUUUUCAGACCAUCACUAUGCCUCUGGUGGUGCUUCAAUGAAGCAGCCACCGAAGAAUUGGGCAAAGAAGAUUCAGGAGGAGUGGAGAAUUCUUGAGAAGGAUUUACCAGACACUAUUUUUGUUAGGGUUUAUGAAUCAAGAAUGGAUCUCUUGAGGGCUGUAAUUAUAGGAGCAGAGGGCACUCCCUACCAUGAUGGUCUCUUCUUCUUUGAUGUUUUCUUCCCUGCUAGCUAUCCUAAAGGACCCCCUCAAGUUUAUUACCACUCUGGUGGACUGCGCCUUAAUCCAAAUUUGUACAGUUGUGGGAAAGUAUGCCUUAGUCUUCUAAACACAUGGUCUGGUAAUAAGAAUGAGAAGUGGAUACCUGGUAUGUCUACCAUGCUCCAAGUUCUGGUAUCUAUUCAGGCUCUAAUCUUGAACCAGGAUCCGUACUUUAAUGAGCCUGGUUGGGCUCAUCAUAGAGGCACGCCACAAGGUGAAUUACUGUCUCGACAAUACAACGAGGAUACAUUCAUAUUGUCACUGAAGACAAUGAUCUACUCAAUGAGGAGGCCACCAAAGCAUUUUGAGGAUUUUGUAGUGGGCCAUUUCUACCGUCGUGCUCAAGAUAUACUUGUGGCAUGUAAAGCAUACAUGGAUGGUGCUCAGGUAGGUUGCCUGGUAAAAGGCGGGGUUCAAGAUGUUGAUGAAGGUGACAAGAGCUGCUCACAGAAGUUUAAGAACUCUGUCUCCGGAUGUGUAAAUAUGCUGGUGAAGGAAUUUACGGUACUUGGAGUAAAGGAUUGUGAGAAAUUCCUCAUUGUCCCCAAAUGUCAAAACAAUCGAGUUGAUAGUAUUCCCAAGGUUCCAGUAUCGUGAACUACUUUUAAAAUAAAAAUUUUGAAACUUGUUUUCAUUUAUAAA